CCCAGAUUUCGAACCAAGCCCCUCAAUUUCUCUUUCCCGAAGCAGAAAGACCGCUCUCCAGCUCUGCAGUUCUGAAUCGGGGGAGCAAAAGCGCGGAAAAUGCUGACACCAGGCGCGGCAUGUCCGUCGGCGUGAGCACUAUAUCCCGGAAAGCGAUCCUCCACACGCGAACUGCCGCGCCCCGAAGCUUGCAUCCAGCCUCAACUUUAUCCUGGGCGACCGCCCUUCCCUCUUAAUGUGGGCAAGAAAGCUCUUCUCACAGACACUCGCUCGACAUUGUUAUCGUAUAUCCGCUCAUUCCGCCAAUUGCACGACAUUAUCGCCGUUUAUCGCUGUUAGAAUGGCUUCUACGCUGCCCCGGCUCCCCAUCUUCGAAGCGAUCAAGAAGCACGAUGCGGAAAGUACGGCGGUGGUGCAUAGCCUGUCGGGGAGGCGCUUUACGUAUGGAGAGCUGGUGAAUGAUGUUGCGGCUGCGAAGGAUAAGCUGCAGAGGAAUGCGGGUGGGAAGGACACUGCGGGGGAGAGGAUAUCGUUCCUGGUGGAGAAUGGGUAUGACUAUGUAGUGACUUUGCUUUCUAUCCUCGCUGCACACGCGAUUGCCGUCCCGUUGGCGCCAACCUUCCCCGCGCACGAGCUGCGAUACAUCAUCGAUCAGAGCGAAUCGCUCAUGCUUCUCUCCUCGGAGAUGUUCCAGGCCAAGGCAGACGAGGUGCUCAAAGACGGCAUGGAAACCAGUCCGAUAAACUAUAAGCAGGACAAGAUCAUGAUGGGCAGAACGGACGAUUAUGUCACCCUGGAAGAGCCGGUGAGCGACAAGGGAGGCAUGAUGCUAUACACAUCCGGGACCACAAGUCGGCCUAAAGGCGUACUUCUGCCUCAGGAUGUGCUCACAGCGCAGUCAAUGUCGCUGUUGAAAGCGUGGGAUUACAGCAGCAAGGAUGUGCUACUCCAUGUCCUUCCGCUCCACCAUAUCCACGGGACGGUGAACGCGCUUCUCACGCCUCUCUACGUUGGUAGCACGAUAGAAUUUCAAUUCCCCUUUAACGCGUCCGCGGUUUGGGAGCGACUAGCAGCUCCCUUCCUCCCGAAUCCCGACCAUUCGAAAAAGCCCAUCACCUUCUUUACCGUCGUUCCCACGAUAUACACCCGCCUGUUGGCCACUCACCCAUCGCUAUCCCCCGAACUCCAAGCAGCCACGAAAAAGGCGCUACAUCCCUCCAGCAUGCGCCUCAACAUCUCUGGAUCAGCUGCUCUGCCUACACCGGUGAAAGCCGCCUGGACGGAGCUCAGUGGCGGUAAUGUUCUUCUAGAACGCUACGGCAUGACAGAAGUAGGCAUGGCUCUAUCCUGUGGUCUCUCAUUCGCAGACCGCGUAGACGGAUCGGUAGGCUGGCCGCUGCCCUCUGUGCAGGCGCGCCUCGUCGAUACCGAAACCGGGGAUAUCAUAAAGGAAGGAGAAGAAGUCGACCCCGAAACAGGCCACGAACGCCAUGGUGAGAUCCAGCUUCGCGGCCCGACAAUAUUCAGAGAAUACUGGAGAAACCCCGAAGCAACCGCAAAAGAAUUCGUCGACGACGCGGACGGCUGGGGAAAAUGGUUCAAGACCGGCGACGUCGCCGUGCGAAGAAAGGUCGAGGGUACAGGAAAGAGUGCUCAAGACUGGGCCCACGGACCCCUCUACUUCAUCCAGGGCCGCAAAUCCGCCGACAUCAUCAAAACGGGCGGCGAAAAAGUCUCCGCCCUCGAAAUCGAGCGCGAAAUGCUCUCCCUCCCCCAAGUCAGCGAAGUCGCCGUCGUCGGCCUGCCCUCCGAAGCCUGGGGCCAGAAGGUCGCUUGCGUCGUCGUCCUCUCUGGGACAGGCAAGACGGCCGGCAGAGGAGGUAGGCCGUGGUCAGCGCUCGAUAUGCGCAGAGAGCUGAAGGAGAUUCUGGCGAACUAUAAGAUUCCGCAGGAAAUGAAGGUUGUUGAGAGCAUUCCACGGAAUGCGAUGGGAAAGAUUAAUAAGAAGCAGUUGAUUAAGCAGAUUUGGGGCGAGGCGUUGGAGCCAGUGGGUGGGAAGGAGAAUGGCGCCGUGGUGCUGCCUAAUGGGAGUGUGUGAUCGGGGUGGGAUUGUACGACUAUCAUAGCUGUGGAGAUGGAUUGUUUAGAGCGUAAAGUAAAAGUAAAUACAAUAGUUCAACUUCGCG